AUGCAACGCAGCGCGACGCUCGCCGCCAUGGCCGCGCUGGUGCGACCAGCCAUCGCCGGCAACCAGAACGACCCGACGCAGCCGACCAAGUCGGGCCUUGGCAUCUGGGUCGAUGCCCACACGCCGGCCGACAUGUACACGAAGCAGAGCUCGCGCGGCGACACGUGGAACCUCGUCAUGAGCGACGAGUUCAACCUCGAUGGCCGCCAGUUUGCAUACGGCAACGACCAUAUCUGGACCGCGCUCGACAUUCCCGAUGGCGUCAACCGCGCGAUGGAGCUCUACAGCUCCAAAAACGUCUACACCGAGGGCGGCUACUUGUACAACCGUGUCGACGAAGGCCCGGUGAACGUGAGCUUUUGGAACUCGUGGUCCGAGACGCCGGGCUACGAGAACAAGACGAUGCACUACACGGCCGGCAUGAUGCAGUCCUGGAACAAGUUUUGCAUCCAAGGCGGUUUUGUCGAAGUGCGCGCGAUGCUACCGGGUGCGAUCAACAAGGAGUCGCUCAACCCCCAUAUUCUUGGCUACAAGUGGGCGCCGCCGCCCAUCAACAAGAUUCCAGUCAACGACAAGGACAAGAUUCCCGACAUUCGCUUCUACCCGACGUGGCCCGGGCUCUGGCUCAUGGGCAACCUUGGCCGCGCGCUCUUCGCGGCCUCGACCAACCGCAUGUGGCCCUGGACGUACGACGAGUGCGACGAGCGGUACGAGACCAACCAGCGCAUCUCGGCGUGCAACAAGAACCCUGGCUACGGCCUCAACCCAAACCAAGGCCGCGGCGCGCCCGAGAUUGACAUCCUCGAAGGCGGUGGCACGGCGAUCUCGUCGUCCGUCCAGAUUGCCCCGGGUAUGCCGGACGAGUACCGCCGCACCAAGCCGAUCCUUAAGCUCGAGAGCGUCACCAACGUCGAUCCCCAAGGGCGCAAGGGCCAGGGCCAUCUCUUUUGCUACUACGACAAGAACUGCCUCACGCCCGGUGCCAACAUGGCCGAUGUUCCGACGGCCGCCUUUGCCUCGCGCGGCCACAAGUCGUGGUACCACGGCCUCCGAUAUGCGGCCAACAACCGGUGCAACCCCGACCCGAAGCUCGUGCAGCAGUACGAGUCGGUCGCCAAGGCCCAGAACGGCACGAUCAUUGACAACCAAUGGGACAUCAAAACCAUUAGCUCGGGCCGCGACCUGCACGCGGACUUGAGCUUGAUGGACGGGAAGGGCCCGCUGCAUUGGGGCAUCAACUACAAGGGCACGUGCUUCCCGAUCUCGAACGGGUACAUUGGCGGGUUUCUCUGCGACCCGGACAACAUGAACCCGAACUGCGAGAACCCGCGCAAGCCUGGCGUGCCCCUCACGCGGCAGAUGGAGACGUUUGCGUAUCAAAUGGACGCGAUCUCGUCCAACUGGGACAUUUCGUUUGAGCACUACAAGAUGUUUUUCAACUACCAGAUCGAAUGGGUCAUGGGUGAAGACGGCUACAUUCGCUGGACGCUCGAUGACGCGCCGAUUUUUGAGAUUCCAGCGUCGUCGAUGACCAACCCGCCCCAAGGCGGUGCCAGCGUCAACCCGAAGAAGCUCAUGAUUGAGGAGCCGUCGUACAUCAUCUUCAACAUUGCCAUGGCGUCGGCGUGGGGGGCCAUGCCACCCAACUACGAAGUCGGGCCGUGCCGCGGCAAUGCGACCAUGCCCGCGGACCCCAACAUUCGCCGCAUCACCGAUAACAUUUGCGACUCGUUCCCGAUGUACAUGGUCAUUGACCACAUUCGCGUCUGGCAAGACACGGCGGUGGGCUCCAAGAUGAGCGUCGGCUGUGACCCUGCGAGCCACCCGACCAAGGAGUUCAUCAAGGCGCACAUUCUCAACUACACGGACCCGCUCAACAAGGACGUCGAGGUCGCGGGUAAAAACACGUGCAUCAACGACGACGACUGCUCGAUCGCCGGCGGGACACCGACGGGCCGAUGCAUCAAGGAGCGUUGCGAGUGCAUUACGCUCUGGGCCGGCCCCCGCUGCACCAAGUACACACCGAACCUCAACAGCGACGAAGAGAAGGAGGCGUCGUUUGGCCCCAAGGUUGUCUACCCUGCGUCGAUUCUCGCUGCCCUCGUCGUCAUUGUCGUGGCCACGACGAUUGUGCGUCGGCGACGCCACGUGGCGGAAAUCCAAGCCGCGAACGCGUUUGCCGAGAUGAAGAGUGCCAAGGCCGCGGCGAUGGCGGCCGAGACGGACGACGACGCGGGCAACAACGCGAGCAACAACCGCCGGUACUAUGGCCCGGCGGCCGCCCAACCGCGCAACCUCGCUUGA